AUGAGAGGAACCAUAUUCCAUGUGGGAGCCUCACGCCCACAUCCGCGAAGUCUUAUAGAGUUGCAUAAUUGGAAAUUGAAACUAUAUAAGAUAAGAAUAAUAAAAAUUGGCAUGAGUUUUAAUAAUGUUCAAGGGAGUAACCAACUAAGUUGUUUCUUAGAUGGAAUCAAGCUUACUAAACUGGUGGUCAAAUAUAUUUUAGAAAUUACUAUAACUGUUUUUAUAUAA